AUGAGAGCCCGUACUGGAUUUACCUAUCUCCUCGUCCUCUUCGCGGUUACUGGAAUCUGCUUGUCUGCUCUUAGACUUGGCGAGGUCGAGGAUAAUCCGGAUGGGCUGAAACUCUCGCACUUGCACAUCGUGAAACCCGAUGUACAUCGAUCCUUCGUUGUACACAAGCUCAGCGCCGGGACCUAUAGAACCACUGUUUGGGUCGUACGAAGGGCGGCCAACACGGUCGACAUUCAGGCUCUUAACCCGACAGAUCAUGACGUAGGCAUCAAGUUGGAAGUGGACAGAUUUGAACCCGAGAAGUACACCACAAGCUUGCCUGGGAUUGCCGUCGGCCUAACCAAACUCCUCACUUUGGAUUACAUGCCUGAAAAGGUAUUGGUGCAAUUCAUCCUCAGCGAGCCGCCGAACGAGGCCAGUAUAUCUCAAGGUCCGGCUGCCAGUAUAUCUCAAGCUCCGACUGACAACUACGAGACGGAGGACGACGCUUCAAGUUCCAAGAUUGAUUGA